AUGUCAAUUUACACUAUUUAUACCAAGCUUAAUGAAACUCGAGAAAACAUCUUUCUCGUGCAUGAGCAUAGGGUCGCGUUUCACAAGCCUGAGCCCAUGAGACAUGCGAGGCAUAAACGAGAUGCUACAAAAUUUUGUAGAUUUCACAAGGACAUUGGGCAUACAAUGGAUGAAUUCCAUCAACUGAAAGACGAGAUAGAGAGCCUUAUCUCGCACGGUUACUUUCAACAAUAUGUGAAGCGACCAAGCAAUGGACAAAACCAGCUAAAUCUUCCCAAUAACUUAGGCAACCAAAGAUUACAACCUCCACCUCUUGAAGGAGAGGACAUUCUAGUUAUCUCAGUAGGUCCACAUCUCGCUGGAGAAAGUAACAAUGCCCAAAAAAGAUAUGUCAAGGAAGUUAAGAAUGGGCAGUCAGUCUUUGCUCUAAAAUUUUCUAAGAAAGCUAAGACUAAGGAACCUCCAAUUGUGUUCUUGAAGGAAGACGUAAAGCAUGUGAGAUAUCCUCAUGUCGACCCACUAAUGAUUACAGUACAGCUUGCCAACAAAAGAAUAAAAGGGUAUUGGUGGAUAACGGAAGUUCAGUGA